ACCAACUAGAUUAAGCAAGCUGACAGGAGCCAACUGGCUGGGAUUUUUUUCUGUGAUGAGUUGGCCUAGACAUGUUCCUCUUAUGUUCAACGUCUUGUUGGCUUUUCAGUUAGUUCUGUAGAUUGUCUUAAAGUUUCAGAAGAAGAUCUCAAAAAUCUGAUAAUGAUGGAUCCAAUAAAGUCAAAUAUCAACACAAUAUAUUCACCGGCAAGUAAAGGCUCUGUGGAUGGCAGGGGAAUUCCGAAUUUGGCGGAUUUGGAAAUCAGACCGUGUGGAAUGUUGGUUCAGAAGCGCAAUGGGGAGACAAAUCCAACUUCUGUUUCCAUUCCCAUAAUCAGAGUUAGGGUCAAGUAUGGCUCUAUGUAUCACGAAAUUGGUAUCAGCUCCCAUGCUAGCUUUGGAGAAUUGAAGAAAAUGUUGGCAGGACCAACUAAACUGCAUCAUGAAGAUCAGAAGCUGAUAUACAAAAACAAAGAGAGAGACUCCAAAGAGUAUCUAGAUGUGGCAAGAGUUAAAGAUGGAUCCAAAAUUGUGUUGGUGGAGGACAUUGUGAGUAGAGAAAAAAGGUGCGUAGAGUUACUCAGAAAUUCAAAUUCCCAGAAGUUUUCGAAAGCCUUGGCCGAAAUCAACUUGGAAGUCCACAAGCUGGCAGGACAGGUCACAGCUUUGGAAGCAACAGCUUCUAGAGGUGGCAAAGUAGUGGAGAAAGAUGUUGAGAAUUUGACGGAGCUCUUGAUGAUGAGGUUGAUUAAACUCGAUGGAAUUGUUGCAGAAGGAGAUUUAAAAAUGCAGAGAAGAGUGCUGGUGAGAAGAGUUCAAAAGUACAUAGAGAUUCUUGAUGUGUUGAAGCACCAGAAUUCCAACUCUACCAGAAAUGGGGCCAAAAUCCAGUUGCAGACACAAGAUAACCCAAGUGGCCAUAUUUCAAAAGACUCGAGGCCAAUGCAGAGACAGCAAGCGGCGACAAAAACGGGAAAUUCUGUAAGGACAGUUCCAAAGAUGCAGCAACAACAGCAAAGUCAUUCUGAGUCAGUAGUUGUCACAACAAAAUGGGAAACUUUUGAGUAAACAGAAAUUCUUUGAGCAUUUCAUCUUCAAGGUUUUAAGUCCAACCAAAUGAGAAUGCUUCCCGGUCAUCUUCACUGUCUGUUCUACAUGGAUUCCUGUUGAAAAGGUGGAGGUGGUUCUCAUGAUGUUACUGUGUAUCUUUGAGUUGGCUUUAUGCUAAGCUGUAUAUAUAUCUUAUGGUGGAUGCCUUAAAAGAAGAGA